AUGAACUCUGGUGCAGUAAAGCGUGCGACAGUUCGUGCUUGGACGCUGACUGAUAGCUACAGCUUCAUCGCGACUUUCCUACGUCGUCACCACAACACCAAUGCUGAGCACCAACAACAUCAACCUCAACUUCAGGGGCAAUCUCAGCUCCAGCAGCUCCAGCAGCCGCCCCCGCAGUACAGCCAACGACGACAGCAGCAUGAUGGAGCCUACGGCAGCUCCAGCCGUCACUUUCACGACUACUUCGUAACCCACCUCCCCUCCUCCUCUCUACACCCGGACUCCCGCGCUUCUCGAGGGCCUCACCACAAACUACCCCGGUCAGCUUCGACACCGCACACUGCCAGUAACGCACGGGGCCCAUCCCCGGCCACCGUGCAGCCACCCAUCGGUAUCUCGCGCGAAACAACCGUCGUCCGCAUCCCGCUGCGCAGCGCAAAACACCAUUUCGGCGUCAACGUUGCGCGGGGAACACGGCCCACGAACGAAGAUACAUACCAAGCCGGAGUGAUUGAUAUACCAGCCUUUGCGCGACGGGCUCCACGGUCGUUGACGAUUGGCGCACGGUCUGCUGCGGCUGCGGCAGCUAGAGGGGCGACUGUUACCGGUGGAGGAGCGGGUAAAGAGAAGGGAGAAGUGGACGACCAGAAUCAAGCGGCGGAGAGUGCGAGUGGGGACCCGCAGGUGUUUUACUUUGGGGUGUUUGACGGACAUGGUGGGAGUGAGUGUAGUGAGUUUCUGAGGGAUUAUUUGCAUGAGUAUGUGCAGGAUGCGGCUGUGGCGUUUGAGAUGCAAUCGAGUUUGAAGCGAGAGGUUGAGACUGGGAAGAGAGUGCCGGAGAGGGGCCUUAAUAGCUCUGGUGGAAGGAUCAAGGGGGAAACGGAGGAUCGUGGUAGGGGUUCAAUACACAGCGCCAAGGAGAGAGAGUCAUUACAUCUCCAAGGUGACCUGCCGAUUAUCCAGCGGGCUAAUAGGCAGAAAAUCGACGAGCUGGAAAAAGAAUUGGUGCUCAACUGGAGACAUCUAGUAGGGGGCUACUACCGGCGAUUCCGCCCAUCGCAUUUCUACAAUGCAUCCCCACAUGGCGGCGCUACGAUCGAAGAACUACUUGAAUACGCCUUUCUAAAGGCAGAUUUCGACUUCGUUUCCACCCAAGCCGCCAAGAAAGAUGACAACGACCUCGUCCACGCCGAAAAACCCCUUAACGAAGCCGACAUCCUGCACAGCCCGAGCCGGUCUCGGCACCCUGUCAUUGGUGGACCCCAUCGCUUCAAAGGCGGCAGCACAGCCAGUAUCGCCAUGAUUUCCACCCCUAGUCCAAUGCCAUUCUGGCAUCCGUCGACCCCUUCCUCGCUCAUCGUUUCCCACGUCGGCGACACCCGUAUCCUCCUCUGCUCCACCGCAACCGGCCUCGCCAUCCCGCUCACGACAGACCACCACCCAUCCGCUCCGAUCGAAGGUAGGCGACUACGCCGUUACGCAGCAACGUUCGUCACGGACUCUUUCGGCCAGGAGCGCAUGAGCGGGCUUGCCAACACGCGCGCGUUCGGAGACAUGCAAUCCAAGCGCAUUGGGGUCUCUGCGGAACCGGAGCUGCGGCGCGUGGAGAUGGGCCCAGCCGAGUAUUCAUUCUUGGUGCUGAUGACGGACGGGGUGAGCGGGGCGAUGUCUGAUCAAGAGGUGGUGGAUGUGAUCAAGGAGGCGCGGACGCCCGACGAGGGGGCCAGGGAUGUUGUCGGGUUUGCGACGGAGGUGGGAGUUGAUGGAGACAAUGCGACUUGUCUUGUUAUUAGGCUUGGUGGUUGGGAGAGGAGGCUUGAAGGGGGAUUGGGGAGUAUGGGAACGAAAGAGGCGAGGGUGUGGAGGAGGCAGGAGGCGACGGAUCCGAGGCAGCGGCGGAGAUAA